AUGGUUAAUGUCACCGGCUGGUACACUGUGACCAUAUCCAACUGCAAGGAGUUGCCAAGUAGCUCCAUUGUACUGGCUUUGAAAUACGCCAUUUUGCCACUGAAGGUACAUCUGUUCGAUUUUAAGCGCAGCCACGACGGUUCUCGUGGUCAAUUCUUUGUAGACAAUAAGUUGAUGGCCAAUCGCUUGAAGCGAAUAAAUGGCAAAGUUGAGUGUUUGCUGUUUAGCACCCAAAAUAUUGAUAUAAAUGUGGAGCAGGGUCUUCCGCCAAAUUUGUUAUCGCAAUCGCACUUAACCCAUGAAUUGCUGGCCCUAAUGAAGGCGGCGUUCGAUGCUGAAAGUCAAACGCUCAAUUUAUCGCGCUUUCAUGUCAUCCCAGAGCUCGUAGACCAAUUGGUUGCACUACAUGCAUUGCCAUUGCUGCAGCAAAUUCUUCAUAUGAUUUCUCAAGAGUUUUCACAUUUGCGCGUUCUCCAAUUACUGGGACAUUUUUUGUAUCAAGGUUUGCCGCCGUCUGGAGUAAGUGUGGAGCACGAAAUUUAUGAUCCGCUGUUGUGCUCAGACGAUGAUGAAAUGAUGAUCAACAACGAGGAUGUACUACUAGAAACCGACGAACUUUGA